AUUACCUAAGCCAUCCAUUAAUCUGAUUUUAUUUCACGCUUUACAUUCAUUAUAAUCAACAUCUGAUAACUUCACGUGUUUUCAAGUAGAAUCAGGUACCGUAAAUCAGGGAUUAUAUCACUAAGACGAACUCGCAAUAUUAUAUCAUCUGCCAGUAUUAGUUUAACUAUUUAGCCGGGACUGUAGUUUCUACGUUCACAGUGUAAUACAUAUAGCCACAGACGAACAUGGACGAACUAUUCCAAACCGCUCCAGAAACUCCAGAACGCGUUCCGGCCGAUGUUCAAGGCACCAUCCCAGAUUGGGUCAAUGGUACUCUUCUCCGAAACGCUCCGGCCAAAUAUGAAUUCGGAAAGCACGCUUACAAACACUGGUUUGAUGGCUUGUCAUUACUUCAUGCCUUUAUCAUAGAGAAAGGCGAAGUGAGUUAUCACAGCAAGUAUUUGGAAACAAAAGCUUUCACCAAAGGCAGUGAUAAAAACCGAAUCCCUUAUGCCGAAUUCGGGACUGCAGAAAUGCCUGACCCAUGUCAGAAUAUAUUUGCUCGAUUUUUUUCCUACUUUCGGCUGCCCGAAAGAACAGAUAAUACUGCAGUGAAUAUUUUCACCAUGAAAGGGAAGAUUUUCGCGAACAGUGAUUCACCGUUUAUGAACGAGAUUGAUCCUGAUACGAUGAAAGUUCUCGAUUUUGCGAAUGCGAAAACCGAUAUAAAAUGUAAGUAUUGCUGACUAGACCUUGUGUAAUAGAAAUGGUAUAGUUUGUACUUUUGUUAUUAUUCUUGCUGUUUUUCUUUUUUGGCAAGCAUUUUUAACGGUAAUUAAGCAUUGUUGGUAAAAAAUAGGCAUGGUUUGGGGGCCAACCCGACAAAUUUCAAAGAUUUACAGAAACUCUAGCUGAUAUUGAAACAGACCUUUGGUAUAAGUUUAAUAUAGAAGCUUCUUUUAUAAGGGGAUAUUGAAAUCAUCCCAAGUGUUGGUGUAGUGUACUCAGGUGAAUAAGAUACUUGUGAUGUUAUACUCUGAGUGUGUAUCCACACCGGGCAGGCUAGAAAAAUAUGCCUGACCACAGUGGGAAUCGAACCUACGACCUUUGGAAUACUAGCCCAAUGCUCUGCCAACUGAGCUACGCGGUCAAGAAGGUUAGGGUGGGCUAGUAUUCCAAAGGUCGUAGGUUCGAUUCCCACCGUAGUCAGGCAUAUUUUUCAAGCCUGCCCGGUGUGGAUAUACACUCAGAGUAACAUCACAAGCAUCCCAAGUGUAUUCUGAGCAUACAGCAUUCUUUUCUAUCUCCACAGCUGCCAGGCUGGUAUACGCCUGUGCUCACCCGCACGAAGAAACCGACGGUAAUGUUUACCACAUGAUGACAUCGAUUGGCCGACAAACCGGGUACAACAUCGUGCAAGUACCCCCCGUCGAACGAGCGAAUCACAUCAAGACUGAAACCCCCCUGGAAGGGGCCAAAAUCGUCGCUACCAUCAAAGCUGCUCACAGAAAUUCCACUUACUAUCAUAGUUUUGGAAUAACCCCCAACUAUUUCAUCUUUGUUGAGAAUCCGUUCAGUAUCAACGGUUUCGAAGUGUUAAGAAUGAAAAUUGAUCAAAGGUCUUUCCAUGAAUGUAUGCAUUGGGAUUCGAAAGAGCCGUCAAGGUACAUAUUAGAGAGGUUCAGGUUCGACUUCCGCUACCACUCUCACUGGCUUAGAUCGCAUCUGAUUGGUCAAUCGGAUAUAUGAAACGUAUCUGAUUGGACAGAUUGGUUAAUAGUCCCUUUAAUGGUAGCAGUAGUACUGCUGAAAGGGAGUCUGUAAAGGGAGUCUGUUGUGGAAGUCAAAUCUGAACCUGAACUUUCUAUUAAUACCUGUAAUGCAGUAUAGUAAUAUAUAUCCAUGAAAAAUUAUUCUAUAAUUGGCUGAGAGCAGUACAAUUUUAUCGAAAUACAAUGUAAAAAAUAUUCAGUGCCGGCAAGCGUCUAAACAAAACUCAAAAGACGUUUCGAAAAAAGUUUGGAAUUUUGACAGUACGUUGAAAACUUGUAUUAAGUGUUGUGCCAUUGAUUCUGAUCGUCUUUAAAAACUCGCUCGUGCUUGUUUUUCUCUGACUGGAAACCAUGUUAUGUCUGCUAUCGUGCGGACAGAGAAACGGACAAGACACACGCACAUACAAAAUCAACAAGCUCGUUCACAAUCAUAAUUUUCCUUCUGUUUUCUUCGUGAACUAUUUAUGAGAAGUACAGUAUUUAUCCACUAUUAACUGUGAUUUAUCAUGUACGUUUACAGAUUUUAUUUGGUCGAGCGAAAAUCUGGGGAAUGCGUAGCCAGUUACGAGGCGCACAGUUUCUUUUCGUUUCAUCACGUGAACACAUAUGAGGAUAUUGAUGGUCAAGUGGUAGCAGAUUUGUGCUGUUAUCCCGAUGCGUCCAUCAUUGAUAUGUAUUACCUCCAUCAUCUACGUAAUUCCAAGAUAGACAAGGUAAUUUGUUUCAAAUAAAUUUUGAAAGAGUAAAUUGAUUGCGCUAAUUUCGCACAUGAUAUAUUAGACAUUGUUCUUAAUUUAGGUUGGUGAACAUUUUGCUGACCCAGAAGUGAGACGUUACCGCUUACCUAUACCUGGCAAGGCUGUAUCCAGUUUCCACUCCCCCCGGUUACCAUAUGAAAUCCUUGGCAGUGAUCUUGAGUUGCCUCGUAUCAACUAUCGUCUUAAUGGUCAGCAGUACAGAUACAUCUAUGGCACAGGUUAUUAAAUGUUGAUAUUUACCAAUUUACAAUACUACUUACACGGUGGGCCUUUUCCAUAUACCAUCCAGUCACGAUCCAGAGAUCGGGAUGUUUUAUUCUCUUCUCGUUGUCUUGAAAAUCCCACUGUUCUACAUCUUCAUACAAUUUAAAGUUGGCAAGAAAAAAAUCUUCACGAAUCGAAGACGCUUAACAAAGAGGGGGUCGCCGUUCUUUCCAAAAAAUCAUUUCAAAUAAUUUUACUUGAGUAAAUACACCGCAAUCAUUACAUUUAAUGGACCUAUUACCUAAUGAAUAAAAUUUUGAUCUAGACAAGGCACAAUUUUCUCAGAAAGCGGUAUCAAUUUCCCGCGCGUAAUACAAAAUGACUGAAAAACGGCAAACUUCGCAGGGCUAUAUUAUCCGCAUUUUACAACAUUUCGCAACGAAACUUCGGGAUAUUAUUAAUUUUGUGAUGCUCUUUCAAGCUGUGGUGAAAUGUUUGUCUGGACUUGUUUAGAUCAAAAUUUUGUUCAUUAGGGAAUAGGUCCAUUACAAGUUACUAAAUUACUAGAUAUGUGCUGACCCAAGGUCAAGUAAAUCAGUUUUUCAGAAGAUUUUAUUCCGAUGUAUAUCUCUGCUGUUUGUCCCCAUACAGGUCCCUAUGAACACGGCCAUUUCCUUGACCAGCUUGUGAAGUUAGACACGGUCUCGAAAGUGAAAAAGACCUGGUACGAGUCUGGAUGCUUCCCGUCCGAGCCGGUAUUUAUAGAAAGGCCUGGGGCCAAGGAUGAAGAUGAUGGCGUCAUCGUGUCAGGUGUCGUCGGCACAGGUGGUCAGCGAUCUUUCCUACUCGUUUUGGAUGCAACAAAUUUUACGGAGUUGGCCAGAGCGACCAUUCCAAGCCGCUUGCCACAGUCGUUGCAUGGGAAUUUCUUUCCGGAUCUUAGCUAUAAAUUGAAGGCGUUCUACGCGGGCAGACGGGAACCGAGGCAAAUGGAAGAUGCACAAUAAUUGAUAUUAUAGACUCUAGUCGAGAAAUGUAGUUCACCAACCUUUGGUUGUGAGAAAAUGCUCCUGUUGUUGACUUUUUACAGCUAGAGUAAUACAGGAAUAGCUUCUAUUUCAUCACGUAGCGUCUCAACUUUUCAGUUUAGAACACAAACUAACUCUGUUUUACGGCAGGAGCGUAAUAUAUUGCUAGUAUAGUAAUCCCAAAUACAUAAUAUUAUAUCUACAACUACUGAACUCAUACUAUGCAUUAGGUUGAUUUACAAGUUUAAUGAAACACUUUAAAAGAAAAUUGAAGAAGUUCAAGAACAAAAAGUAUGUCAAGUGAAGUAUGCACGUAAUCUGCCAAUCUGUAUAAACUACACUAUAUUCAAUUCUAGACAGUCUUUCCACUCGAUAAGUUCCAUUUAUACAAUAUCCUUCAGCUUCAAUAAUAACGGUUUAUUGACCGAGGUCUGUACUGCGAAAUAUCAGACCGAGGUUUUUUAGUAUGGACCGAGCGACGAAGGAGCGAGGUCCAUGCAAAAAAAACCACAGAGGUCUGAUAUUUCACAGUACAGACCGAACAAGCGAGGUCAAUAACCGGUUUAUUAUAUGGCUGAACUGAGUCUGUGAGCAUAUGCUUUAAUUUUCACGCGAAUUAAAUCGGCUAUCGUCAGUUUCACUGGGUAACAAUAUACGGUAGACAUGCAUGCUCAAUCAAAACAAUUUGGUUGUUUGAAAUUUUUUCUGUAAAGCACAAUUAGAAAUUUAAAAAGCAAAACUUUUUUUUGUUUGCAAAGCAAAAAUCUCCCGCCAGAUAAACGACAUCCGGGACACCGGUCCAGAUACGGAAAAUACGGACCACGGUCCGGAUAUGGGUUUACGGACCGCUUGUCAACCAAUCAGAAUAGAGAAUUUUGAAAAGCCAUAUAAUAAUAGCC